AAGUGAACUAUGGUCUCUACACACCUGAGGAGGGAAUAAAUUAGUACAAGGGAAAACACCUGUGUGGGUAGACCAAGGCUGAUAUGCAGAGGGUACUGAGUAUCUUUAGGCGAUUUGUUUACUCGCCUGAAGCUAAGAGCAACCGUUAUAAAAUAAAAUUCUGUUGAAUUUUAAAGACCAAACCCAAUGCAUGCCAUCAACGGAUUAAAACCACUGCAUUAAUGGUUAUUGAAUGUAACUGAAGCUGGGUUUACUUAAAGCCGACGUAAGCGAGUAAGACUUUCAUCAUCACACACUGAUUAUCAGAGUGAGCAGUGAGGGGCGGUGGCGUUGUCCCUCAGUCUGCAGUGUGGGAGGCAUGCUGAGGGCUGCUCCGUCCCUGAUAGACAGAAUAUCCAACGUUGGCUCAGUUUAGAGGACAUUGGGAUUAAGAUACAAAAUGAACACCUGCAGCCUGGAAACGUUUUGACUUCAGCAGCAUUUGAAGGUGGGUCAUCACCUCUGGCAGCAACGGUGGAUUACAGUCCCGACAUUCCUCCGAUAGGAUGUUUCUGUGGGCAGGAAGUAAAGCAACAGAUGGAAGAAAUGAGGGCAGAUCCAUCUACCAGAAGAGUCGUGAAUAUGACGUCCUGGACAAGAAGAAGACAGUGACCGCUCUGAGGGCAGGGGAGGACCGAGCCAUACUGCUGGGCCUCGGCAUGGUCAUCCUGUCCGUCAUGAUGUACUUUGUCCUGGGAAUCACCAUACUGCGCUCCUACUCUGACCGAGUGUGGACGGACGAGACUAGCUGCACCGUCGUAAACUCCACCAUCGCGUGUGAUGUAAACUGUUCGUACGGCUGUGGAACAGAGUGCAGAAGGAGUUCCCGUUACCCCUGUCUCCAGGUCUUCGUGAGCCUCAACUCCUCAGGGAAGGUGGUACGACUGUUGCACAACGAGGAGACGCAGGACAGCAAUCCUGAGUGCUUCUACGUCCCAAAGUGUCGUAAGGACUAUGCAGCCACGCAUGUUGUAGUUCAGAACAUUUCCGAGCGUCUAAAGUCUCAACACACGGUUCAGUGUUUCGUGGACCCUACGGACAGAAUGGACAGCGCCAUCCUGACACAGAUCUACGGUCGGGUCGCCGUCUUCCACUCCCUGUUCUGGCCAACCUGCACCUUGAUUGGAGGAACCAUCAUCAUUGCCAUGGUGAAGCUGACCCAGUACCUGUCCAUCAUGUGCGAGCGAGUUGACCGCAUUAAGAGGUGAAGGGUAGGAUGGCCACAAGUUCAUAAGGAAGUUCCUUAUAUUUCGACAUGGGGACUAAGGAAGCAGCUUCAAGAGGCCAAGACUUAAAGACACAGAGGGAAAGCCCUCCAAAGAGAAGUUGUCAUACUGUGACAGCUGGAAGGUUGGGAUUCAAAAACAUGCAUCAGUGACAAUCUAAAAGCUGCUAGAAAGAGAAGCAUAUAUUUUUG